GUCUUGUAUAUAUUCUUUGUGUUCAACCACCAUGGUUAACACUUUUAUCUUGUAAAGAUUUGUUCCCUGUUGUUACUUCGUCUUUUUUGGUAUGUCAACGUAAGAUUUGUGUCCUUCAUCAACAACCAACAUACCAAGUAAGAAACAAGCUAUUUAUAGAAAUUGAUCAUUUGCGUCAAGCUCUUCUCUUUUCGUGUUUGGAAUUGCUUUGAAUUCUCUUCGGAAUUCCCUGAUCGAUUCAAGAAAAGGAUCAUUCUGUUUCAUGACACUUGAGAGAAUCGCAAGCAAUUUCAACCAUCUCAUUUUUUGUUUUGUUUUUGCUUCAUUUUGAAUAGAUUUUUGUCCAUCUCUUGGAAUUCGUUUUCGAAAACUCGAGUCAGUAGUAAGUACCGGAGAAAUUUUUCUUUCUUCUUGUUCUUGUUCUUCUUUGUUCACUUGAUCUUGAUUUGAUCCUGUCCUCGUUCUUCUUUUCUUUUUUCUUUUUGAGUGAAUCGUAGCGAUCCACUCGGUGAGUGUUGCUUUGUCAGAUUUCUGGCAAUUUGUUACAUAUCCGUGAAUAGUUUUCUCUUUAAUCUUUUCUUUUUUUUUUUCUUGUAGACUAUGUCAGCGUCGAACAGCCAACGGGGUUCAAGCUUUUUUAAGGAUGAUGAUCAACUUGUUCAAUCUCCAGUAAGUUCUCCUUCCUUACAAGAAUCCCCACCAUCUUCGCCGACUCUUAGUCAAAGAUUGCAUAAUUCAAAGGAUGUGCAAAGUCCAAGACUACCCUCUCGUUUCUUACAAAAUGAUACUGGCUCCACACAGAAUGCCUCUUCUCAACAUGCGGAUUCCUCCAUAAAAUCGCAAAAUGCUACCCCUCCUCAUCAUUCAACUUCCACAACCCCCGACACGUCUUCCUUACAUUCUUCCGAUUCUUCUCCUGUUCCAUUUCACUUAAAUUCUCCUCACAUGCCAAAACGAAUGGUCUCGGGUGGGUACUUUGCAUUACCAAAGCAAGUCUCUUCUUUACGCACAGAGUACCGGCCUGCUUCUGUCCAUCACAUGCCCAGCUUUCAUCCACCUAGUGAUAGUGCUCCACCGUCUCCCCUUUUACUUGCCCAAAGUAUGAAACGAAAAGGUUCCACAAUGAGUAUACCUGGACAAACCUCCAGUGUGUAUUCGAAUCCAAAUUCCGAAGGUGAGGGCACUGCACUUGAGGAAAAGCUAGUAAUUAUUAUGGUCGGUCUUCCGGCUCGUGGCAAAUCGUACAUCGUUAACAAAUUGGUUCGAUACUAUAAUUGGCUUCAGUAUAACUGCAAAGCCUUCAACGUUGGAAACUUUAGACGGCAGCAAGCUUCUCAUCAACGUGACGAUGCCUCUUUUUUUGAUCCUUCCAAUCCCGAAACUUCAAAACUUCGAGAAGACAUGGCGAUGAACACACUUACUGCCUUGCUUGAUUGGUUUGAAAACGAGAAUGGUGUCGUCGGCAUCUUCGACGCUACCAAUAGUACCUCCAGCCGGAGAAAAGCCGUUGUCGAACACUUAAAGAAUGUUCCAUACGUAACUACCCUUUUCAUUGAGUCGAUUUGCAAUGAUGAGCAGUUAAUUGCCGCCAACAUGAGAAUGAAGCUUUUUGGUCCCGAUUAUAGAAAUAUGGAUCCUGAGAAGUCACUUAGAGACUUUCAGGAGCGUGUUCGGUUGUACGAACAAAAGUAUGAGCCGCUCGGAAAAUUCGAGGAGGAUUUGAAUUUACGCUACAUUAAGGUCAUUAAUGUAGGCAAAAAGGUAGUUGCCUUUAAUAUUCGGGGAUUUCUCGCUGGUCAAGCAGUUUUCUUCUUGCUUAAUUUCAAUCUUUCACCUAGACAGAUUUGGGUUACUCGUCAUGGAGAGUCCGUGGAUAACACUCUGGGACGUAUAGGAGGUAAUGCUUCAUUAACCAGUCUUGGAAAGCAGUACGGAGAAGAUCUUGCAAUGUUCAUUGAAGCAAAGCGUGCUGAAUUUCAAGAUCGAUUGUUUUAUGAUAUGACAAGGGAAUCAAAUCUUAUGCAUGGCGGUAAUUUUCAUGAAAGAAACGAAUAUCAACCCGAUUUUAAUAACCAAUCUCCAAUUGAACCAACAACACCUAUUGAGUUGGAUCCAGAAGAUGAAGAAAAGAUUAUUAAACCUUUCAGUGUAUGGACGUCAAUGAUGAAGAGAAGCAUGGAAACGGCUGCAUACUUUGACGAUGAACAAUAUGAUAUCAAGGCUAUGCGAAUGCUGAACGAAAUUUGUUCGGGUGUUUGCGAUCAGCUUACAUAUGAGCAGAUAGAAAAUACGUACCCUGAGGAGUAUGAAGCUCGAGCAUUGGAUAAGCUUAAUUACAGAUAUCCCGGAUCUGGUGGUGAAAGUUACCUCGACGUUAUAUAUCGACUUCAAAGUGUUAUUGUCGAGAUAGAACGUAUGAAACAUCAUGUUCUAGUUAUCGGACAUAGAGUCAUUACAAGAAUCAUAAUCGCGUAUUUCCUGGGAUGCCGUCGAGAAGAUAUUGCACAUCUGAAUGUGCCUCUUCACACUGUUUAUUGUAUUGAGCCACAACCAUACGGCACAAACUUUUAUCAAUAUAAUUAUGACCCGCAGACACGCACUUUCACCCGUGUACCCUUCCAUGUCUAAUUGAGAAAAAAAAGCCUGAACCGGCAUUGGUGUCUAAUGAUGUUUAUGAAGAAAUAAACAAGAAAAUAAUAAAUACUAAAAAAUCUGGUUUAAAAUGCAAGUUUGUUGGUUACUAUAUUUUUAUUCAUAUUUGCGUUUUGUUAUUUUAUUACUGUCGUGUAAAUUGACUUUAGUUAACAAUAUUAAUAAAUGAUCUG